UAACUUCCCAACACCUGUUAUUCAUUAAUUGGAAGUCACAAGAGCAUUCAUCACAUUUACAAGAUACAAAUAACUCACUUACACAAACAACGCAAUGUUGAAUUUAAAGCUUCAAAAACAAACUGCUGUGGCCUUCGUGGCACUUUCCCUCCUUUGCAUCGUUCCGAUGGUGUCGGCGUUCGAUGUGCGUACUUCGAMAUUAUGCAGAGAUCGCCGGCGUAUGGUUUUCGUCAUCGUUCUCACUAUAUAGGUAAAGGAAUCUCUCUGGGCAAAGCCAUUUUUCUCACUAUUCAAAUCCGAUUCAAUCUUCUUUUACAACUCAGCCGACUGCAUUCGUGGCCGACGCCAUUGCCUACUGGAACUCCUUGAAUCUAUUCUACAAAUUCCUCGUCGGGGCACCAAUCUUCUUCCUGUUUGCUGCCGCAACUGGUCUGGAGUAAGUUGUUGAUCUCGAUAGAUUCAAGACAAAAUGGUCAAGCAUCGAUAAUCAUUUUAUUUCUUUACUUUCUAAUGUCAACAAUACAUGUUCCUUUGAAACUCGUGUUUUGGUUUGGUUUCAACGCGGUGUCGAUCAUUAUGACUCAAAAUAUAAUUAACAAAAACCGCCGUUAGUGGAGGCAAACCACCCAAGUUCUUGAUCCAGUUUCGUGAUUCUGAUCACGUCACCAGUAAGAAUAAUCCCCGCGUCUUUUUCGACAUUGAAAUCGGAGGCAAAAAAGCUGGGCGCAUCCAGAUGGAGUUGUUCAAAACGAUCAACCCCAAAACAGCUGAAAACUUUCGGGCCCUUUGCACGGGUGAAAAGGGUGUCGGCAAGAGCGGCAAGAAACUCCACUACAAGGGAUCUGUAUUUCACCGAAUCAUCCCGGGCUUCAUGUGCCAGGGAGGUGAUAUCACAAACGGCAACGGAACCGGUGGAGAAAGCAUUUACGGCGGUAAAUUCGAAGAUGAGUGGUACGAGAACGAAUUAUUUAUCACCCACAACACUCCUGGUUUGUUAAGUAUGGCCAAUUCGGGAAAGAAUACCAAUGGCUCGCAGUUUUUCUUCACAACGGCUCGUUGCAAGUGGCUGGAUUGCAGGCACGUUGUUUUUGGUCAGGUAGAAGAUGGCUGGGAAGUAGUCAAGGCAAUCGAGGCGGUCGGUUCCGCCAGUGGUAAGGCAUCUGAUGAGGUUAUUAUUGCGGAUUGCGGUGAACUUAAAGACUUCAAACUUCCCAAAAAGGUUGUCAAUGGAGAUUACAACAACGAAUGGAAGACCGAUCAUCUCGAUGAAUACCAGGCACAUGAAGCUAAGAAGAACAAAUAAACGAAUGGGCGAUGGGUUUUUGUGAUAUCAUUCAAGGAUGCCAUUGGUUCACGUCGAUUUUGACGAGUGCCUUGUUGCGAACAAAUGCAGCUGACUAGCGGAGCGCAUGGUCUGAAAUCGGAGUAAUUUUAGUUCUGUAAUAUCCUAUCGAGAAUGCAUUACCACAUAUUUAUGAGUUUAGAACGUACCGAAUGAAACUCAUGCUUCAGA